UGGUGGAAGAGGAGGAGGAGGUGGUGAAGGAGGUGGAGGUGGAGAACGACGGCGACAAGGAAGGGGAAGAGCAAGGGCACGAAGACAGUCAGUCUCGGAUGAAAUUCGAGCCACUUUAGUUGACCAUGUCCUUGUCCAUGGGAUGACUAUGAGGGAGGCUGGGCAACGAGUACAACCAAAUUUGAGUCGCUUCACUGUUGCCUCCAUCAUCAGAACCUUCAGGGAGGAAAACAGGACACAGAGACGACCACCUGGUGGAGGCAGGUUAAGGCUUUUGUCGGAGGAGCAAGAGAGGGAACUUGUAAACAUGGUAAUUGCAAAUAAUGUAAUCCGCCUGCAAGAGAUUCAAAGGAGAGUGAUUGAGGAUGAUCAUCUUUUUCGAGGCAUAAAUGCCAUCAGCCUCUCCACAAUUGACCGCAUCCUCCGAAAGAAUCAAUUCCGGAUGAAACAGGCAUACCGAGUCCCUUUCGAACGAAACUCUGACAGAGUGAAAAACCAACGUGUGGAAUAUGUUCAGAGAAUCUUUGAGAUUGAAGGACGGCCUGUUCCCCAUGAAAUGAUCUUUGUGGAUGAGGCAGGUUUUAACCUGACCAAAAGAAGGAAAAGGGGGAGGAACAUAAUUGGCCAUCGGGCUAUUGUAAAUGUCCCUGGUCAGCGUGGGGGGAAUGUCACUAUGUGCGCAGCCAUCAGCCAACGAGGGGUACUCCACCGCCAUGCCGUACUAGGACCCUAUAACACUAUGCUUCUCCUUGCUUUUCUUGAUGGUUUAAGACAACAUAUGUUCCAGCUGGACUACAGGGAACCAGCACAGCCAGAGCAGCCUCACUACGUUGUUGUGUGGGAUAACGUCAGCUUCCAUCGCGCUGCUCUGGUUCGUGACUGGUUUACCAAUAACCCAAGGUUUUCUAAUAUCUUUCUGCCUGCAUACUCCCCCUUUCUAAACCCGAUAGAGGAGUUAUUUUCGGCAUGGCGGUGGAAAGUGUAUGACCGAGAACCUUAUGUCCGUGUUCACCUCCUUCAGGCCAUGGAAGAGGCCUGCCUAGACAUAUCAGUAGAUGCAUGCCAGGGGUGGAUCAGGCAUGCAAGAGGAUUUUACCCCCGCUGCCUGGCUGGGGCCAAUAUAGCCUGUGAUGUGGAUGAGAUUCUCUGGCCUGACCCAGACCAAAGACAAGAUGCUGUGGUGGGAUAAUGUUUCUGGUGUGUGUUGUACUGUAUAGUACAUGAAUGACAAUGUGCCACUGUACAUACAUUGGUUGCGUCUUUUGUGUUUAUCAUGUGACAAGGGUUUUGAAGGGGAGAACCAUAAGCAACCUAAUUGUUUUGGAACUAUUCUUUUGAAUUAAUUGUACCAGUGUGCAAAACUCUGUUGUAGUGUGUGUGUUUUUGAGGGCUUGUGUUUGAUGUCUGAGGGCAAAGUUCGGUUUUUCAGCAGGAGUGAAUAGUUUUGGGUGUAGAGCUUCAUUUUGACCUGGAAAUAGGAUGUUUGGGGAAUUGAGUGAGAUGUUAUGGAUUUGUGUUUACUGUUGUGCGGAUAUGAGGCGUAGUUUCAAGAAAUGUGUUUUAGCAAUCGAGAAAAAC